CGUGGCCAGCGGGGAGGACAGGUAACUCGCCCAGAGAGGGCGGGGGCCAGUAGCCGCCCCGCCCCUCGGGGAGCCGCGGGCGGGUCUCAGCAGCGCCCACUGCGCCAGCCGGGCUGCAGGUGCCGCCCCCGACACACGGUGUCCCGCCCAAACUGAUUCGUGUCUGCCGUCGGCCGGUGCGUGCGUGCACCUCGUCGGUCCGCGUGUGUCUGGCCGAGCUCCCCCUUCCUCUGCGGCCAUGACUCCGCCGCCUCCCCAGCCACCGCCCCCGGGCUCGAACCCCGCCUCAGACUCCGCCACCGACCCCCGCCCAGGACCUGGACCCCUAGUGGUACUGUUCGGAGCCACGGCCGGUGCGAUGGGGCCGGACCUGGGCUCCGACGAGACCGACUUAAUCCUCCUAGUCUGGCAAGUGGUGGAGCCGAGGAGCCGUCAGGUGGGGACGUUGCACAAGUCAUUGGUUCGCGCUGAGGCGGCCGCACUGAGUCCGCAGUGCCGCGAGGCGAGCGGCCUGAGCGCCGACAGCUUGGCGCGGGCCGAACCGCUGGACAAGGUGCUGCAGCAGUUCUCACAGCUGGUGAGCGGGGAUGUGGCUCUGCUGGGCGGGGGCCCCUACAUGCUAUGCACUGAUGGGCAGCAGCUGCUGCGACAGGUCCUGCACCCUGAGGCCUCCAGGAAGAACCUGGUGCUCCCCGACACCUUCUUCUCCUUCUACGACCUCCGCAGAGAAUUCCAUGUGCAGCACCCAAGUGCCUGCCCUGCCAGGGAGCUCACCGUGGCCACCAUGGCACAGGACCUGGGGCUGGAGACAGAUGCCACAGAGGAUGACUUUGGGGUCUGGGAAGUGAAGACAAUGGUAGCUGUCAUCCUCCACCUGCUCGAAGGGCCCAGUGGUCAAUUGUUUUCGAAGGCAGAGGUGGUAAAGCAGAAAUAUGAGACAGGUCCUUGCUCUGAUUCUGUGCCCUGCCCCCACAGCAGCAAGGCCGAUGUGGUGGACAGUGAGACUGUAGUUCGGGCCCGUGGGCUGCCCUGGCAGUCAUCAGACCAGGACGUGGCUCGAUUCUUCAAAGGACUCAACAUUGCCAGGGGUGGUGUAGCACUCUGCCUCAACGCCCAGGGCCGCAGAAAUGGCGAGGCCCUCAUCCGGUUUGUGGACAGCGAGCAGCGGGACCUAGCGCUGCAGAGACACAAGCACCACAUGGGUGUCCGCUAUAUUGAGGUAUAUAAAGCAACAGGAGAAGAGUUUGUCAAGAUUGCAGGGGGCACAUCACUAGAGGUGGCUCGUUUCCUGUCACGGGAAGACCAAGUGAUUCUGCGGCUACGGGGACUGCCCUUCUCAGCUGGGCCGGCAGAUGUGCUAGGCUUUCUGGGGCCAGAGUGCCCGGUGACUGGGGGUGCUGAUGGGCUGCUCUUUGUGCGCCACCCUGACGGCCGGCCCACUGGUGAUGCCUUUGCCCUCUUUGCCUGUGAGGAGCUGGCACAGGCUGCGCUGCGCAGGCACAAGGGCAUACUGGGUAAGCGAUACAUUGAACUCUUCCGGAGCACUGCGGCCGAGGUGCAGCAGGUCCUCAACCGCUAUGCAUCCAGCCCACUCCUUCCUACACUCACUGCUCCACUGCUGCCCAUCCCCUUUCCACUGGCAGCUGGGACUGGGAGAGAUUGUGUACGCCUUCGAGGCCUGCCCUACACAGCCACCAUUGAAGACAUCCUUAGCUUUCUGGGGGAGGCAGCUGCUGACAUCCGGCCCCACGGUGUGCACAUGGUGCUCAAUCAGCAGGGCCGGCCGUCAGGUGAUGCUUUCAUCCAGAUGACAUCAGCAGAGCGGGCUUUAGCUGCUGCUCAGCGUUGCCAUAAGAAAGUGAUGAAGGAACGCUACGUGGAAGUGGUCCCCUGCUCCACAGAGGAGAUGAGCCGUGUGCUGAUGGGAGGCACCUUGGGCCGUAGUGGCUUGUCCCCUCCACCCUGCAAGCUGCCCUGCCUCUCACCACCCACCUACGCCACCUUCCAGGCCACCCCAACACUCAUUCCUACUGAGACGGCAGCUCUAUAUCCCUCUUCAGCACUGCUCCCGGCUGCUAGGGUGCCUGCUGCCCCCACCCCUGUUGCCUACUACCCAGGGCCAGCCACUCAACUGUACAUGAACUACACAGCUUACUACCCCAGCCCCCCAGUUUCCCCCACCACUGUGGGCUACCUCACCACGCCCCCUGCUGCCCUGGCCUCUGCUUCCACCUCAGUGUUGUCCCAGCCAGGAGCCCUGGUCCGUAUGCAGGGUGUCCCAUAUACCACUGGUAUGAAGGAUCUGCUCAGCAUCUUCCAGGCCUAUCAGUUAGCCCCUGAUGACUACACCAGUUUGAUGCCUGUUGGUGACCCGCCUCGCACUGUGCUACAGGCCCCCAAAGAGUGGGUGUGUUUGUAGGUGAGGGAGCCAGGAGGUAAGAGCUGGCUGAUGUCUAACAUGACUCUCUUGCAUCCAGAAAACCAGCACCCUCAACCAGGUGGCUUCUUUCUGGCUUGUCAAAGCUCUCAGAAAGCACCUAGAGGAGCUCAAGCCCUAGCUCCACCUCCCACUUAUUGCCCUGCCUGUUCACCCCAAAGAUGAUGGCUGGACCCUGCAUGUAGGACUGGGGGUGGAAUUGUUACCCUGCUCCCAACGGCCUGAUCUGGGCCUCCUGAGUAGCACCGAGAGCCUUUGGUCAGCUUUGGCCAUGGCCCAUACCCUCAGAUUCUGUGGGGCUGAUGUCCACAGCAGGCUUGUUUCCUUUUUAAAAAUGUAAGCCCUGGUGCCUUCAACGUAUGACUCCUGGGAACUUCUGAGUAAAGAUCCCAAUGUUCUACCUUCCCCUAUCCCUCCUAGUAGGGGGCAGGGAGGCAGAGAGUGCUGGCCCCAGCUCCCACGAUACUUGGACCUCAAUGGCCACAUUGUGCCAGGUGGUCCCAUCUAAGGGACCUCCAGCUUGGCACAAGCUUUGUGGCAAAAUCACAAGCUGUUUUGAUGGACUAUACUGCAAUAUCCCCAGAGGACACUAGGGGGCAGGAGGCCCUCACAAAAACUCAGGCUCAAAUUUUAAAGGGGACUUUCUGCCUACUUUUCAUGCACACCUUGGGCAGGCCAGUUGUCCUGAACUCAGCAGACACCGUGGAAUGUCCUUUGCACCCAUUAGAGGGUACAGAACUGAAGCUUCGGAAGGAAUUUGGAACUCUACUCACUCCUCCGUAAAAUAAACAAAGGUUCUAACCAAGUGGACUUUUUAAAAGCCAAAGUCUCCUUAGCUUUGGACCCCAGAGUGAGGGGCUCCACACCUGCCCCGGGCAGAGGAAAACUCAGGCAGAUUUCAAGGACACCGUUGACCGAUCACCAUUUAUUAUUUUAGCACUGUAACUGAGGAACCUGAAUUGCUGGCUCUUCUCUGUUAUUUGUGUAAGGAGCACUAUACUCCUACAAAAGAUUUUAAAAUACAAAAUAUGUAAGAAAACAAUCCCAAGUGCUGUAAACACAACUGAGAUCCAGUUCCUUAACUGAACAUUGCCCAUUUUAUAAAAUAUAAGGUUUCAAACUUUAGCUCA